AUGUCUACCCACGAACCAAAGGGCGACCCCGUCACCGGCCCGUCGUCCCUCCUCCCGGACCCAUCCCUCACCCUCAAAGGCCGGCACUCCAUCUGCCUCGUCCCUCUCUCCCCAUCCCACACUGAAGGUCUCUACGCCUCCCUCGGCGGCCCAGAAAACGACGGCUUAUACACCUACAUGCCGAACGAGCCCAUCCACUCGCUCGACGCCAUGGCGAAACUGGUCGAGACCCUGAUCGGCAGUCCCGUAUUCUUCCCUUAUGCUGUUCUUUCCACGGCUAAGUAUACGGCCGUGGGUAUCAUCUGCUACAUGAACAUGGUGCCCGAGCAUCGCUGCAUCGAGAUUGGGCACGUGUUGUUCGGGGCCAUGUUGCAGCGGACGCCGGCGAGUACGGAGUGCAACUUCUUGUUGAUGAGGUAUGCGUUUGAGGAGCUGGGGUAUCGGAGAGUGGAGUGGAAGGCGAAUGAUUUCAACGAGCUGAGCAAGAGAGCGGCGCUCAGACUGGGGUUUACGGCUGAGGGGGUGUUUAGGAAGCAUCUGGUCGUCAAGGGCAAACGCAGGGAUACAGCUUGGUUUAGCUGUAUAGAUGAUGAGUGGCAGGCAGGUGUCGGGAAGGCGUUGAGCGAGUGGCUCGGCAAGAGCAACUUCGAUGCCGAGGGGAAGCAGGUGAAGAGGUUGGAGGAGUUCAGGCAGAAAGGAGAGUGUGUGUGA